CUUCACCCCCGCAGUGAGAUCGGGGAACUUGGCCCUGCCUUUUUAAAGUGGCUGCAUCUCCGCAACUCGAGUGAAUCCCAUCUUCAGUUUAUAACAAUUAUAUUCCAAAGACAAAUAAGGUUCAUUCACUUUAUCGGCUCAUUAUAUCAUGGCUAGUAUUUCGUUUCGCAAGUUUAUUCGAUGGCUGCCGGACGAGGCGAGCGAACCAACAUCUACGCUGGUUCUGACGUCUCCCGAAAAGAGGUUUGUCGAUGUACGAGUGACGUUGGCUGAUGGUCAUGAUUCUCUGUCUGCUUCUGAAGAGAUUCUCCCCUUGAGUCGUCUAGACUGGGCCAUGGCGGGAACAUCUUCAUCAACUGUCCUCGGUGAGGGACACUCCCUUUCCCGUUGGAGGCACUGGAUCGAUUCUCGGUCAUUGGAUGCACCUCCCGAUGAAGGCCAUAUGUACGCCCAGCCAGAUGGAUUGAGCACCCUCGAGAAAGGGCAGAUGACGAACCCUGCCACGGGGAAGGACACAGAUUACGAAGAGAUGUGGUUUGAUCCGCCGCCAAAGACUACGGGCGGGAACAAGGCGCUGUGUGUGGUGCUCGUGAUGGAGGACGAGGAGAAGGGGAAGAAGGGCAUGGUUGUUAGGCUGGGGGAGUGGGCGCAGGUAUUUGUGAGGGACGGGGCGGGGGAGGAGGAUCUUGUGGCGGAGAGGUGGGAGUGGCGAGAUGAUGAUGGGAAGGGAUGGAGGAGGAGGGUGAGGUUGGGAGAUGGGGGGAGGAAGUUGCCGUGUGAGGAGAUUUUGGGGGCGAGAGAUGUCAAGGUUGGUGAUGAGGUGAGAGUUGGGGAUGAGGUUUGGAGGGUUGUGGAGGCGACAGAGGUAUAGAGUUGAGGAUAUGAUUCUAUAAUUCUAUACAUAUAUAAAGGCUGAGAUGUAGAUACGAAGCAGCUGUUCAGAUCAUCUUGGACGCUCUCAUGAUACCGCACUCUUGCGGAACUGCGUCAGCUCACUCGGCAGUCUCUGAAUGGCCUUCGCCUCCAACUUUGUCAACGGUAUCGAAAACCACUUCUCCAACGCCUUAACUCUCUCCUCCUCAUUGGUCAUCGUCUCCAGCACUUCGAUCCCCU